CUCGCCCCGGAGCAACACAUCGAUCCCGCGUCAGCCGCUGUCAGUUGGGCCAACAUGGCGGUGGACUUCACGGCCAUUUUCAAAAUUCUCGUCCUGGGCGACAGCAAUGUGGGCAAGACGUGCAUCGUUCACCGAUUCUGCGACGAGCGCUUCUACGACACGUAUAUAUCCACGAUCGGUAUUGACUUCAAGCAGAAGAUAAUCAGCCUGGACGGAGUGCCGGUGAAGCUUCAAAUAUGGGACACGGCGGGCCAGGAGCGGUUCCGCACCCUGACUACGGCCUACUACCGCGGCGCCAUGGGCAUUUUAAUUAUGUACGACGUCACAAACAUGGACUCGUUCAACCACCUUUCCUACUGGUUCAGGAAUAUCGAAGAGAACGCGUCACCCGAAGUGGUCAAAGUCCUGGUCGGCAACAAGUGUGAUGCGACGCACGCACGCCAAGUGGAGAAGGACCGGGGAGAGAAGAUGGCGGAGAGCUUCGACAUCCCGUUCUUCGAGUGCAGCUGCAAGCAGAACGUCAACAUCCAGGAGGCCUUCGUCACCCUCGCCAGGAAAAUCCGCGAGCAGAGGGAGCAGAGGGUGAUCAUCAGUCCACUACCGGGCAAGUUUGAAGACAGCGACCGCCUGCAGUGGGAGAAAGCCGACCUGAACCAGAACAGGCAGCCGCCGUCGGCGCAGUAUCGCUGCAACUGCUGAGUGACGCCCUCCGUGAAUACAGCCGUUCUUCCUUUCUCGUCGCCGCCGCCGCCGCCGCAGCGUCACCGAUGGCCGACUUAAUUUAUUUCCGCGCUGCCGCCGCCUGCUGUGUUUUUUCCACUACGUGCUGCAACGCGGACCUUGGACUGACGGACGGACAACGACUCCGAGAGGGAGAGAGGAGAGAGCAACACGGAGGAUCAGCUUAUCGCUGCGUCGCUCCACAAGUGCAACGACGCCCUUUCGGUUCCCACACUGACGCUAUGUACUGUACGCCGCAAGGACGAUCCUGCAUGGAACACGGAAAGAUCUCGGGCCGCGCGGAAACGCGAUUGCGCAAUCAUAUGUGCGCGUUUUACGCUUUGCUUCUUUGAGUUCCGUAAGCGGGGAGAAGCCGGCAAAGUCGUGCACAUCGUGUGCCCCUGUGUAACAUAGCCGAACCCGCUGUAACGAAACUCUGAAGUAAGGGUGUUCGAAUGGUCAAAAAUCCUAAUCGAAUAUUCGAGGGAUACUGGUUUCCAAGGCGAAAACGAGUAGUUUUUCUUUUUUUUUUUCUAAAUGCAGAGAAAGCUGCAUGGGGUGAAAAUACGGCGAAAAGAAAAACUUUGCAUUAACAACUAUUCGAUAUGCCUGGAAGUUCAUUCAACUGAUCAGCUUUAAGGUAAUCAAUAAGUUAAAGGUUAUUACAUUUCCUGGUUGGCAAAAGGGAAACUUGCAGCGACCGAUGGAUGGUAUGCGUGUUUGUUUUUCUUCCUUUUUCGUGUUAAUUACGCUCUAGCUUAUCACCCGCAUAGUCGGCUAUAAUAAAUUAUUCGGAAAAAGUCGAAUAUCGUAAUCUUGAAUCGAAUAUACCACGAUUACAAACAUAAGUACUCAAUUCGUUUUUGAAAGUUUGGACAUUUGCGCACCCUUACUCUGAAUUGAGAAUCGCGUGGAACAUUUCCGACGUGCAUUCUACGUGUAGCCAGCGUUCGUCUGUUUCACGUCAUGACGUCAUGCACGCUGCAAUCAGAAUUGAAAAAAAAGGAAAGUAUUCCGGUGUGGCCGCCGCUUUAAUUGACUACCAAAUAAUACACAAUUAAGUCCUUAUUAUACAAGAACAGACGUGUACACGUUACAGAGAAUAGUAACCGAUUGCAAUUAGAGUUACUUCACUAAAAAAUGUAAUUGAUUACAGUUUCCAAUUACAGCCCCAUGAAAGUUAUUGAGGAAUUACUCAAAAGCAAUCGGUUACUUCUGCGUUACUUUUCUCCAAACCGUAUAUUGCACAGAUAACGUAAACAGAACGAGCUGGCCUGGCACAUUCAGUGUAUGCUCUGCAGCCCUUCAUACAUUGCUUAUAAUUACUAACAAUUGCUUUUAUAAAAUUUCAUCGCUCAUUUUCCCUCGUUUUUUUCAUGAAGACAUCAUCAGAGACCCUGAAAACUCGCUUGAUGUGCGCACUAGGGAGUAGGGUGGUGGUGUAAGGAACGGAAAUCUUACGCACAAGAUAGUCGUUACUCAGCAUCUGCGUCGUCUGUGAAGCACAGCGCUUCACUGUUGCUCUGGUUUGAAGACGCUCCCGUUCGGACCAAUUAAAACCUCUAAAGAUCGUCCGCAGCUGAUAUCCUGACAUUAACGUCCUAAGUGGCUGUCGCUAUUGAGCCAUACCAGCAACGAUUCAAUUUACCGGCCAACAUCUGGUGGUUCGUAAUCAUGAGGAAACAAAGCUUGAUGCACCCCUCCCCCGAAACAAACACUCCUCCACCCCCCUUCAACACACACACCAAGUUUGUCAGAGGGGCUACAGAUUGAUUUUGAUUUCUCUAUUCGAUGGUAUUGGAGAUGCUGCAAACUUUCGUCGCCGGCUUUUGGGCAACAUUUAAUUGUCAUACGAGGGGACAGAAAUGUCAUGAAGUGAGAGAGCAAAAAAAAAUUACGAACAUUUUAGCCCCUAUGGUCUUGAAACCUAAAGACAGUUGCUAUACAAUGUGCGCAAAAAUGUACAGCAUCUUAACGUAAGGCUCAAGCAGUAGUACCGGUCAUGUGCGCUGUGGAUUUUGUAUGCUUCUGGCAGAGGCACGCGUGCUUCCGAGUGCAUUUGCGCAUGAAGAGAACUAGACGUCACGUUCUUCCAAAGGAAGUCUGCGAUGUGCGUUUCCUCGCUGAGCCAUUAGGUCAUGGUUCAAAGGCCUUGGCUCCCUGCUUUAGCCUCUUCCUUUGACGCUUAUCCACGGACACGAGUCAGGGAAGGAAGUUGGCCUUGGCGUUGUGUUCGUAAGAAGCGGAAUGACAGUUUGAGUUAGGCCGCGCAUAACUCUGUAAUCAUUCGGCGCUCUUCACCUCUGGUCACAACGAGCCUCCUUUGCGGCGCAGCAUAUGCAUCGACGUGGUUUAAGUGUUCUCAAUAGAUCAUAAUGGACUACACCACGCGCGCUGCUGAGUGUCUGUGCAUGGUCUCUACCGAGCAUUAUGAUUACUGUGCAGUAACAUUUAGAAGAUUAAUAGCAGAAGGCACAAGAACGAAAUAGUAUAUGUCGAAUAUGUAGACGGUUGUACAUGCCGAACAUGGAAGACAUGGUUCAGUCGCACUUGGUUCACGGCACAUGGUUCAGUCGAUCAAUCGCUUCCCUCAGGCAAGACUUAUAAAUCGAAAGUGUUCGCUCCCCAGGCGUCUUCACUGAAUGUUGUUCCUUGCAAGAUAUUAUGAGGUAUUUGGUUCUGCAUCCACUCAUCCACUGUGCACGCUGGCAUAGUUUCCUUGUCAGCAGAAAACAAGAUUUCUGGCGUACAACUGUGGGUCGGUCAGCUUGGAAUUCGUAAUCACCAACGGACAGGCAAAUCGCACGAAAACGAAACGAUCACGCACAGAAUUUUAUAACAAAGCAAAUGGCAUUGCAUGACAUAGGCAAUCAAAUCAUCAGCACGCGAUAGGGACCCGGUUGCCUCGAAGAGUACGCGAGAAGGCUGUCUGUAGCCCACACACUUGUUUGUAGGCGCUACAACGCCAAUGAGAUGAAGGGAGCCACACCCCGUUUUGCGCUAACAUCCACCCUCGUUCGUGCACCCUCUGCAAUUACAAUUGGCCGACCGAAGCAGAACAGUGAAAGCCUGCAGGCUGAAGCAGAGCUAUGGCAGCGCGUUCGGCGCGCAACAUUGCCGCCAUCACCGCUUAGCAGGCCCCGCAAAAGUAGUUGAUAACAUUGCGCUCCCGGCUCAAGUAUAAGCAUGGCCAAUCAUUGCGACGCUCCACGUCAAAGUGGUCGGAGGGACAGUAGUCACUGCUAACGCGAGCCGACAACUGUCUAAGUAAUCAACGAGCGACUUCGAGUACUCGCAAGUAAUGCAUAUGACUGGCCUUGUCGCGACUCCGCAGAAUAGUUGUUGUUGAAAGCGUUAUACUUAACCGGAGGACGGCGCAGCUGUGCCACACGAAAUACAACGUGACGCUGACAAUGUGUACCGUAUAGUUUGUUAUAUACCUGAUGUUUUUGGUGUGGACCAUUUCUUGUACAAAGUGUGAUACUGUUUGCGUACAAUACGACUGAAAAAAAAUAAUAACAAGAAACGAUGUGUUCACCGAGCCGCGAGCCCAUGUUGAAGACUCCCAGUGAUGGUGUAUGGACCGCAUUCGCGAGCACAGCGAAUUCGCUGGGCCCGGGAUAGUCAAAGAUUGUACAUACGUUUGCGAAUUCAUUUACGAGAUUUGCUUGACGAAAUAGGCGAUUCGUGUUUUCCAGGCACAUAUUCUGCUUUCUAAUGAUAUUGCAAGUAAAAUAAAACUGAAACUGGACUGAGCUUUAGCUACGCUAAAAGUGUUGCUUUGAUACUGUGCCAAGAGCCCGUAUUGUUAGUCUUUUCCCGAUGGCUGUUCCUUAACAACGAGCGUGGACUGACGAGGAGACAAGGUGACUUUGAAGCCAGGUUAGCGAGCUUUUACGACGUAGGUGCGAAGCUCCGCUCGUUAAAAUAGCUUUAAAGGAACCUUUUUAAAUAUGGGAGCAGACUAAUCCUACGGCCUCUUGCAAAGCGCGUUAGCCUUGUAAUUCUUGGUACAAUCGUGAACUAAGCCGUAACGCAACUUCUAUUUACCUCGCCACGUUUGGUGGUGUUCACUGUGACGCUAAGCACCACUAAGCGCUGGUCUGUUCGCAGGGAGUUUAAAAUACAAGUAAAAAGGGUGCUAUAGUGCACUAUGUAGGCGCACAUGUUUUUAUCUUUUCGUGCUAAAACAAGUAGUGAACUUGCCGUAGUAUGCACUGCAUGCUGGAAGGUACGACAUUGUUAACUCUCACUUUAUAAUCGACCUGUUUUUUAAAAGAAAAUCCGUGCAUGCAGAAAAAAAAAAUAAAAAGGCUUGCCGGAUAAAAUUCUGACUCUUUAUUGCGCCACCGACAAUGCACGAUGUAAGUGCUUGAGUAUAAGGUAAAUGAACUCGCUUUCUCAUGUGUAAAGAUGCUGUCGUUCAUGCCGAAGCAACUUCCACAGUAUAGUGGAAAACUAAAAACGUUUUACUUUACCAAAUGACUGUAUAGCAUUCUAUAUUGUGGAACACUUUCUAUUUGUCAUAUGUUUCUUUAUAACCUUUGGAGCAUAGCACUUGUUCCAGAGUAUGUCUGAUAACAUCAAUUCUGUCUUUUGCUGUUGACCUAGCGAGUAAAAUCUUUGUUACGGCUGCUCCAAGUUUAGAGAGAACAUGGUGCCAGCGCAUUUUUAUUUCUUUCCCUCUGUGUGAUUUAGUUAUUCUGUUUGCAACAUUUAUUACUGGUUGUACCAGUGAGCUGAAAUUCAAUGUGAUCUCUCGGUUGAAUAAAGAAUUCAAUACGUGCAACAAUCGA